AUGAAGCUCUCUGAAAUUGUCUGCAUCCAAGAGUGCUACCGAGCAAUUUUCACCAUGUAGAAAGAAUUUUUACAUGUAUCUAGUAGUGCCGGGCACUAUUUCAUUGACACAAAACCAAAAAUGAGUGAACUAGCAGCACCUGAUCGCCGAAUCUCUGGCUUCGAACAGCACAAACAUGCUAGAGCACACCAUCAAAUCAGUAUGAGAGCUGUGGUGACAGGAGGGGGUGGCUAUUGUGGAUACAAGCUGGGAUGUGCCCUUGCUAACAUAGGAGCUUCUGUUAUUCUGUGUGACAUACAUGAGCCUUUGUGGAUGAUUCCCAAUGGAGUGGUGUGGAUUCAGACAGAUAUCAGGGAUUACAGUGCCAUUUUGGCAGCCUGUGAAGGGGCUGACUGUGUGUUUCAUGUGGCUUCAUAUGGAAUGUCAGGAACAGAGCAGUUGCAUAAAAAAGAGAUUGAAACCGUAAACAUUAAUGGAACAAGAUUCAUCCUCAAUGCCUGCAAACAACAAGACAUCCCUCGGCUUGUGUACACCAGCUCAGUGAAUGUGGUGUUUGGAGGGCUUCCUAUUGAAGAUGGGGAUGAGGAAUCUUUGCCAUAUUUCCCAACUGACAAGCUUGUGGAUCAUUAUUCCAGAACCAAAUCAAUUGCAGAACAAAUGGUACUAGCAGCUAAUGGAUCUUCACUAGCAGGAGGUGGAAUACUCCAUACCUGUGUUCUUCGCCCACCAGGAAUCUACGGGCCAGAAGAGCAGAGACACUUGCCAAGGCUAGCAAAGAUUAUUGAGAGAAGGCUACUUAGCUUCAAGUUUGCAGACCCUACUGUUAAAAUGAACUGGAUACAUGUAGAGAAUUUUGUACAAGCUCAUAUUCUGGCUGCUGAAGCUCUUACCCCUGAAAAGAACUACAUAGCUAGUGGCCAGGUGUAUUUCAUUCAUGAUGGUGAAAAAUCCAACCUUUUUGAAUGGCUAACUCCACUUUUUGAAAGAAUAGGCUGCAGUAAGCCAUGGAUACGUAUUCCUACUUGCUUAGUAUAUGCAUCAGCCACAUUCAUGGAACACCUUCAUUCAAUUCUGAGACCAGUUGUUGACCUGCCCCCCCUGCUGACCAGAAAUGAGGUUAUGAACAUUUCUGUAACUCACACAUUUCGAAUAGACAAGGCAAAGGCUCAGCUGGGGUACUGCCCACUGAAGUAUGACUUUGCUGAUUCUGUGGACCACUACAUGAAAUCCAGACCACAACCCUCGAAUUACCAACUCUUCCUCAAUGUUUUGCUUACUUUAUUUAUUACUUUAAUUUUGUUUUUUCUUUCUUUAAAACUUGAUAGCCUUUCAGUUUUGCAUUUUUUUAAAGAAAGACAACACUGA